AUGGUGGAUGGAAAAACGUCCUCUGUCCUCGUUGAUUCCCUCAAUUCGUUUUGUUUCAUAGGAGUUAGACGUUAUAAGGACGUCAUGCCGUUCGCGAGAUUCGUCCAACCGGGGCGCGUGGCCCUGGUGGCAGAGGGUCCGUUAAAAGGAAAAUUAGUCAGCGUGGUAGAUGUCAUUGAUCAGACGCGUGCUCUUGUUGAUGGACCAGGCAGCGGCGUCCCGAGGCAGCAAAUCCGCCUAAACCAGUUACACCUGACGAAAUUCCGUCUUAAAUUUCCAUUCACUGCUCCUACACGUGUUGUAAGGAAAGCAUGGACAGAAGAAAAACUUAAUGAAAAGUGGGCCGAAAGCCAAUGGGCAAAGAAAUUAGAAAACAAGGAAAAGCGCGCUCAAAUGACAGACUAUGACAGGUUUAAGCUGAGUGCGGCCCGCGUCAAGAGAAAUCGUGCUAGGACUCCUGUUUUCAAAAGCUUAAAACUAAAGGCGGCGCGCGGUGGCGCAUUUGGCAAAAAGAAGGUCCCUAAAGCAGGCGUCAAAAAACCACGAACUAAAAAAGAGACGUCUGCCAAGAAGCCAGCUAAGAAGUUG